AUGGCAAAUGUUCAAUCCUUACUUCGUGAGUCGAUGCGGCUACGUUGUCUCAAUGGCGAGAACGGCUUUCGACAAACAGAAAGUCUUGUUGCGGCGAGUCCAAUAACAUCAUUCAGCACUGAUAUCGCCAAUUUCUUUAAUUAUUUAACAUGGAAAGAAUAUCUUUCGGCGGGUACUCAAUUUUUAGUCGGUAAAAUUCCCUUUGAUGCUAUCAAUUGCCGCGUUUCGGCAACUACAGUACCGACAGUUAGUAAAUUUAAAAUUUGGUAUUGA